ACAUUUUGUGAUAAGUGGAAAAUGAGAAUUUGACGUGUCGCGAAAGUGCCCGGCUCAUUUCCUUUUUAGCGUUGAUCAGGUUCUUAGGUCUCCAUAAAACUGAAAAUGAAGUCUUCAGCAGUGUUUUUAUUGGUUUUAUCAUUAGUUCUACUUCUUGGAGAUGCCUAUGGCAAAGGCAUCACACAAUUGGACACCCUUACUUUUGAUAAGCUUUUAUCCAAGUUCAAAGUAACGAUUGUGAAGUUUAAUGCCGCUUAUCCGUAUGGACACAAACAAGAAGUGUACACAAAGUUUGCAGAAUCUACUUACACCGUUAAUGAUUUGCUGGUCGCAGAAGUAGCUGUGAAGGAUUAUGGUGACAAAGAAAAUGAGGAACUCAUCAAGAGGUUUAACAUCAAAACUGAAGAUUUUCCUGUGGUCAAGUUGUUCAUUGAUGGCACUCCAGAACCGUACACAUUUGUUGCCAAGGAGGACUCUGAGUUCACGUAUCAAGCUCUAUACGAUUUCAUUAAGAGUAAAAAGACAGGUUUGUACCUUGGCUGUGCUGGCUGCCUAGAAAAGUUUGACAAACUGGUAGAGGAAUUCAUGCUUUCAUCAGAUGCCAAAGAGCGCAAAAAGAAACUGCGCGUAGCCGAAGAUCUCUGGGAUAAGAUCUCAAGUUUAACCGAAGCAAAGUCCGCUGAAAUAUAUGUUAAAAGCAUGCGCAAAGUCAUUGAAAAGGGAGAAGAUUUUGUGCCAAAAGAGGUUGAGAGAGUCGAGAAAUUGUUGAAAGCUAAAAUGACUAAAGAAAAACAGGAUGAGCUACAAAAAAGAAUCAACAUUUUACAGUCAUUCAAAGUUGUUCAUGAUGAACUGUAAGGUUGAUAGGUGAAAACUGAUUUAUUACGCUGACACAUCUGGCAAAAUGUACCUAAUAGCUGCAGCUAAUAUUUAAGUGGUCUCUUAGAUGUUCGAGAGUGAUUUCCACUUGCACUUAGAAUUUAUUUUACCUGUGAUACUGUCCUGAAAUCUGAUUCUGUUCCCAAAAUCAGAUUUAGGACUUUGAUAACAUUGUUUUAUCAAAUUUUCGUAAGUCUUCUCUUUUUUGUAUUGCAAAUACUUUCCUCCAAGUAUUUACGUUGGGUUCUAACUUUCCUAUGUAAGUGUUAUCUUCUCAAGGAUUAUCUUCAGUCUAAUUAGUGUGAUUUUGUUCAUUUUUCUUUAAAUAUAAAAUUACCAUUAAUUUUUAAUUAUCUUAAUUGAUGAUUCUCAAUUUUGGUUGGCUCAGUUUUGUCCAAGGACAAACUGUGCAUCACCCAGAUGAUACAUGAGCUGCCCAUUUCAUUCAUGAACGUUCUAACUUUUUAUCAAUUUUAAGAGAAAGUGAUCUUUAAGUAAGAAAUGUUUUUAAAUAAAUGUAUGCAUUUUUUUAAAAUCAGAUUUAGCAAUUAGACAAUGGCUAGAUCACAAAAUCUAGAUCAUUUGAUGAUUGAGUAAGUAUUGCCGUAGAGUCUCAUAACAAUGUUAUGUGAUCAAUAAGUGCAAUCAAAAUAAGUUUAUAAACUUAUUUUUACAGAACAUAUCAAAGAAAAUUUAAGUAAUUAAGAAAAGCAAAAUAGUUUGAAAGCUCUCCUGCAAUUUCCAAUUGCAUGCUUAUGAAGGAGAGCCAGCAAUAUGUUUAACAUUUUACAGUAGCUCUUGUUAGUUUUCAGACAUUAGGCUAAACUUCUAAUCAUUUAAUUACAAGUAUUUCUAAUAUAGCGUACUCCUCUUUCAUUUUGUAAAAGUUUCUAGAACCCAAAGGUAUCAUAUUCAAAGCUUGCAAGGGCAAGUUUUGGCUUUGAUAUACUCAAUCCUGAGAUUUUCCUUUCUCUCAACUCCAGCAAAUGGCUCAAAAUUAAAUUGGUAAUAUUCAUCAAAUAUUUGAGUACAGCUCCGAAGUGACAUUCUCAACCGUCUAUCAAAUCAAUUUUUCUAUGAAAAUGAGCAAAAAGUUACCUGAAAACUAUUCAUUAGACUCCUCUAUUAUUUUAUUUUAUUUUAACAGUUAAACUGUGUCUGCCAUAGCUCGUAAGAUGAACAAACUUCUCGUAAUUUGCUAUAGUUAUGGACUCUCCCUUUGAAAUUUAAAAUUCAAUUAAGUAAGGAGUUGCUCGUUUUCUUCUCUCAAGGUUGUUUUAUCAGAUCCAGUAUUCAUUUUUUCAAAUAUAUCCCACCAUUUCGAUGAAUAUUUCAGGUUCUAAAUUUUAGGAGAGAGUAGAAGUAUUAUUUUCCUUUCAAUAAACGUGCCUCUCUGCAACAAUUUUAAGAUACUCCCAUCAUGGAUAUAGCUAUAAAGGAGGAAGGCUUGGUCCCCUAGAAUUUGAAAGAGCAUCAUUCGGUUCCUUCUCGAAUAUUUUGACUUGGAAUACAACCUCAAUUUUGUUGCUAUGCAAUGCAAAAUUGGAUGGAAAGAAGAAGACAAUGUAAUCAAAUACUUAAAGAAAUUCACCAAAUGUUUAUGAAAGUUUGUAUUUACGUACAAAAUGCAUCUAAAAUGCAGUCAAUUUGUCAAAAGUUUCUUGUGGAGGCCCCCUGCACCCCCCUUUGUACUGUGAGAGGAGGUAUUCUUUAUCUGGUUGGUAAUACUAAUAAUUUUCCCAGUGGAGCCAAGCCAGGAAAAUGAUGUAGCUAUGUCCAUGACUCACACUGUUUAACCAAAAAAAUCAUCCUCAAGUUAGUUAGUACUUACUUAAGUGUUAUACUUAAAAUCAUGUGUUAUGUAUACAGUGCAAUAAUGCAGUAAAUUACCUAGCUCGAUUUAUCAAAAAAAAAUACUAUUUGUAAGAACAAAAAUCUGAAUCUUGUCAAGGGCCUGUCUGUCACACAAAUUGGCGCAAGGUAUAUAAAUGGUCAAUGUUUUAAUCCUUCUGCACUGAAUAUGUCUGUAAGUAUAUUUGUGGGGCACCACUAGACUGUCUAUCUUAAAGUGAAACUUUCUUCUUAAAAGUUUUUCUUCUAAGCCCACCAAACUGUGCAGUUGAAUGAUCUCAUCGGAGAAAUUUUUAAAUUGAUCCUCAGUAUCUACCUUCCCUCACUGAAAAAUCAAAAUGUUUUAAUUUCUCUGUACUUCCGUUGCAACUGAUAAGAAAUGUGUCAAUUCCAGCGAAGUCAAAUCUCUAUUUGAUUGGCUUUCUUUUCCUGCUGGUCUUUCUAAGUUCUUCCUGUACGCACAAUUUUUCCAAGCACUUUGUGAUGAAUCUAUGUAUAAGUACUAAGCCAAAUUCAUUUUUUUAAGAGCCAUGCUUAUCGCUACAUUUUCACUGUUGCCUGUUUAAAUUUGGCAAGACUGGGACCUUUUGACUAUAGAUUUAGGGAAAGGGCAAGCGAUUUUAUGUAACUAUGGAAGGUUGUUAAAUGGUGUUGUUUUGUGUGUUUAUGUCUUUAUAUUUUAAAUAAAAUUUUUGUGCACUGAUUUAA